AUGGUCCUAAAAACCAACAUCGAAAAUACCUUAAAAGGCUUUGAAACUAGAAUUAAAGAAUUAGAGCAAAGUAAUGAAGAGUUACGUUCACAAUACAAAUAUUUAGAAGAAAAGGUUAGAGAGCGAGAAGUAGAAGCCAAUGCUAAGCAAGAAACUAUUAAUUUUUUUGAAGAAAAGAUUAAAAAACGAGAAGUAGAAACCAAUGCUAAGCAAGAAACUAUAGAUAAUUUAAAAGAAAAGGUUAGAGAAGAAACCAAAGCAAAGCAGGAAAUUAUUAAUAAUUAUGAUGAAAACACAUCAAGAAAGAAUAUAUCCAGUAAUUCCCUCGACUUCUAUACAUUGUCUUGUGAAAACUUAUUUUCUACAGCUGGAAAUACUAUUACAGAAAACUAA